AGGUAAGCAAACGCCACAUUCUCUCUACUUUGUACUUUAUUCUUUCCGAGCCUUUGUGUCUUGCCGUGCGCGCAGCUCUCUGCCCUGCGGCGAUUUAGUAGAGAAAUAGCGUGUACUUACUUGCAUAUAGCUCCGGGGGAAACGGUGUCAUCGUUUCGCGCAUCGACGCGACGGCGAAGACGCUCGUCUGCCGCAUAAGUAGGUAUGCAAGCAAGAGAGAGAUAGCGAAAAAUCAAUCGCGAACCCGUGCGUGCGUGCAUGCAUAUACGCGAUAUCUAUAGCGAGGCGACGUUACGUCUCGUUAGGACUUGUCUCGAUUGCUCUUAACAUCUGCAUGCACUUGUCCGCGAGGUCUGGCCCAUUGUUUGGAAUCGAGGCUGCGUAUCGAUUGCGUGCUGCGAAGCGUGCGGAACGCUAAUUGCGUCGGAAUUGAAACACGUCUGGCUUUGGCACUAGGUAGGCAAUAAAUGUUGAGCAAACAUGUACAACAGUACAGGAGCCAUAGACCCCUGGGAGCCAGGUUAUGGUCCAGCAGACAGGAGACCACACAACACGCCUGGAUUUGAUUACCAGAGGGAGUACAGGAACGAGAGCAGAUCACCAGACUACAGCGAGCACAGAGAAGGAGGAGACAGGGAACGUAGAAGUCCAGACUACAGGUCCCACAGACGGGACAGAGACAGAGAGCGGGACAGGUCAAGGGACAGGAGAGAUCGAAGCAGAGAGGAACGAGACAGAAGUUACAGGGACCGAGAGGAUCGUUAUGGACGUCAGAGAGACAGAGGCGACUCUUUGGAAAGAGAGAGGGACAGGGACAAGGACAGGGAUCGCGAGAGAGAUCGCGAUAGGGACCGGGACAGGAGGAGGGAUCGCGACAGAGACAGGGAUCGUGACCGCAGAUCUAAGAGGGACGACAGGAGUCGCGACCGUGACGACGAGCACAGUCGCGAAAGCAACGAUUACGACCAUGACCACAUGCGCAAUUACAAUGCAGCCAUGGAGGGAGUGCACUACAAGAGUCAGACACCCAACAACACUAUCAUGAUUCGAGGACUCGCUCAGCACAUUACUGAGAAUGAUGUUCGACAGGACAUUCUGGCUUGUGGUCUUAUGCCAAAGGACAUCAGGCUCAUACGCAAGAAAGACACAGGUGCUUCGCGAGGUUUCGCAUUCGUCGAGUUUAACGCGACUCAGGAGGCCGCACGAUGGAUGGAGAUGAAACAGGGUGUACUGAUGCUGCAGGAUCAGUAUCGGGCGCUGAUGCAGUACAGCAUUCCCAAGGACAACCAUGUGGAGAAGCCAAGGGCUAAGCAUCAGACCCAAGACUGGCAUUGUGUCAAGUGCGGAGCUCACAAUUUCAAGAGGCGCGAGACGUGCUUCAAAUGUUCGGCUUCUCGAGCCGAGAGCGAGGAGGGCGGCGAGGGUAGCGACGAGAUCAGUCCGCACCCGACGAACACUGUGUUGCUGCGAGGUUUGGACGUCCUUUCCACCGAGGACUCGGUGUUGCAGGCGAUGCAGGGCCUCAGUUCCCAGCCGAUUCGCAGUAUUCGCAUUGGUCGUGACAGUUUGACCAACACAUCGCGAGGCGUAUGCUACCUCGAGAUGGCCAACGUCGUCGACGCCAUGUAUCUGCACACGGCUCUCUCGAAACAGGGCCUUCAGGUAGACGGCCGUAAGCUCGAGAUCGCCUAUUGCAAACUACACCAGGUUGACGGCGCGGAGAUCUGGAAGAACCACGAGGCUGGACACCGUUACACUCUCGAAGACGUUGCCCAGCUCGCAGAAUACAGCGCUAAUCUGUACGCGAAUACACCGGCUCAGAAGGCCCACUAUCUUCAGUAUUAUACACAAUACUAUCAGAACCAGAUCAUCCAGGGUUCGGCGAUUACGCUGCCCUCGCUCAACCAAACUGACAGGGUUAAUGCCGCGGCAGCCGUAGCUCAAUCGGCUAUACAACAACUGCACGCAUCCAGGAAGAUGGGUGACGCGGAGGAGAUGAAAGCUAGGCCUACUCCGAGUGCACCUAGCAGCACUACUCUGGCCACUGGCAGAGUACCUGCUCACUCUAACGAUGGAAAAGUCUACUCUGUUCCAGACGUUAGUACCUAUCAUUACGACGAAACUUCAGGUUAUUACUAUGACCCCAGUACCGGAUUGUAUUACGAUCCAAAUUCGCAGUACUAUUACAAUAGUCACACUCAACAGUUCCUUUACUGGGACGCCGAAACCUUCUCGUACAAACCAGCACAGCAAGCUCCUACAACUUCUGUAGUUACGUCGUCGUCGGCGAGCAUAAGUGCCCCGCCCGAAACCGUAACACAAGCCCCAACUUCUGUAGCAGAUGCUGUGAUUGACGACAAGAAGAAAGAGACGAAGCAAGACAAAGUGAAAGUAGCCAAAAAGAUUGCCAAGGAUAUGGAGCGAUGGGCGAAGACGCUCAACCAGAAGAAGGAGAACGCCAAGACCAACUGGACUUCGGAUUAUCCAGGACCUGAGGGUAACCAGAGUGCGGGUGGAGCAGCCGACGCUGGUUACGCUAUUUUGGAGAAAAAGACUCUUUCUUCCACCGUAUACAUUGAAGAGGAAGAUCUCAGCGGUAACAAUGGUCUGGUCGCAGCUUACGGUGGCGGCAGUGAUACCGAAGAGGAGAUAGAGGACGUACAGCAAGAGGAUAGGCAGCACACGGACUGGAGUAAACUUGCCUGCCUCCUCUGCAAGAGACAAUUUCCCAGUAAAGAGGCUUUAUCGCGACAUCAACAACUCUCGGAUUUGCACAAACAGAAUCUCGAGAAUUGGUAUCAAGUGCGUGGUCUCGAUCCGAACGAUCCACAACAACGAAACAACAAAUACAGAGACCGAGCGAAGGAGCGCAGGGCCAAGUAUGGCGAGCCCGAGCCACCCCAGCCCAAUAGAUUGAAGGAAAAAUACUUGAAGACAAGAUCGGAUGAUAUGUCAGUAUCUUACGAGGAGCCAACGAGGGCUGGAAUUGGCUCAGACAAUGUUGGCAACAAGCUCUUGCAAAAGAUGGGCUGGUCCGAAGGCAUGGGUCUUGGAAAGUCGAAUCAAGGCAGGACGAGUAUUAUCGAAGCGGAACGCCGAGUUCCCACAGCGGGAUUGGGAGCAAAGUCAUCUUCUUACAAUCAGAUGCCCGGAGAUACGUACAAAGACUGUGUAAAGAAAAUGAUGUACGCGCGAUAUCAAGAACUUUCUGACACGUAAUCUAUUGUUUAAAUUUUUUUAUGCGGUACGGCUUCAAUUUGUAUGUAGAAUAUAAUAAAACGCAUGUAAUUUCGUAAUGAAAAAAAACAUCCACUGUUUCGUCGAAUUUGUAUAUACAGUAAUUUACUGAUACUGUACUUCAUCUUUGAAGUUUCAAAAGAAAAUUAAUAGCAAUAGCGAAUUUCAUUACAAGUUUUCGGUAAUUUUGACGUCAUUUUACAUAUGGUGUAUUUAAAAUAUUGUGAUUAUUUCACCUGAUAUAAUCAUUGUAUUUAUAUGCAUUCACUAUUGUUUAUUUAUACCUGUACAAUGAUUUAAAUGAUGUUACAUAUAUAGAUUAUCUUUUUUUAAUAUUUCUAUAACUUUGGGUACCAUUUAAUGAAAUUUAACACAUUUUUUUUAUUUCCAUUAUGUAAUUCUACUGAACGCUAACUGCUAUUAAAUUUGUGUAUUAAAAAAAUAAAAA